ACAAUGCAACAAAUACUGUAGCAACUUCUUCCAUUCAUCGUGUCUGGCAUUACAUUGACGGGCACUUGACGCGGCGCAAUUGAUAUCCGCGACUCCAGAAUCGCACUUUUGGAACAUGAUCUCGUCAGUCACCAAUUCAAUGCCGGGACGCUAGGCGUUUGAAAUCGAGUAAGAAGGGGGCAAUCCCAAGCCAACAGACAGGCUUUUUUUUUUUCCUUUCUUCAAACCGUAUAAAUCGGGGCAAUCACACAAGAUGGCUUCGAUGAUAGCCCCCAACAGAUUUGUCCGACUGCUGAGGAUAUCUCACCCCGUAUCGUCACUGGCCCACCUACCCACCCCGACUCGGAACGCCACAACUGCCCGCCUCGUCGGGACGAACAUCAGUAGUAGCCGGUUGCAAGCACCACGGGGACAGACUUCUUAUUUCACCACAAGUAGCGGACAAUCAGGCCCCAACACAGCCCGCCCACGCCGCAGAGGUUUCUUCUCCGGAUUCUUGAUACUCGGCGGAACAGCAUUCGGCUCCUUCGUUGGCACCCUGUACCUCAAAAUGACGGCCCUCAGCGUAACGGCCGAAGGUGCGGCGAGCACUUACAAGCCCGAGACCACCGAGGCGCAGGCCAUGGAGGACUACAUCAACAAGCACCCGCUGGUGCAGGAGCUGCGGGCGAACCCCGAGAUGACCGAGUCGCGGCCGCACCUCAAGCUGCCGCCCGAGUGGCGCAGCCACAGCCUGACGGCCGGUACGCUGAUGGGCCCCGCCCUGGUCGGCGUGCCGCCCUUUGACUGGUCCGAGACAGACGGCAAGUCGUACGUGCAGAUCGCCCACGUCGGCGAGGACUUGUGCGGCUACCCGGGCAUCAUCCACGGCGGCUUCCUCGCCACCAUGCUGGACGAGGGUCUGGCCCGGUGCUGCCUCCCUGCCGUGUCGAACACGAUCGUGCUCACAGCAAACCUCAACAUUGACUACCGUGCGCCCUGCAAGGCAAAUCAGUACAUCGUGCUGCGCGCCAAAACGGUCAAGGUGGAGGGUCGCAAAGUGUCGGUCGAGGGCAGGUUAGAGACCUUGGUCGAGCCAGGAGAGACCCCGUUGCUUUUGGCCGAGGCAAAGGCGCUGUUUAUAUCUCCCAAGGGGGCGGUGACCGCAUCAAAGUUUUUACCAGUCCAAUGACAAGCUCUGCACGUGAAGUGUGAAUAUUGUGCUAGAGCGUGACCUGCUUUUGUUUAUUAUUUUAGUACUAUAAACUUGGGGUGCAUUUUUGAGCGGCAUGGUGUCAACAGCAAUUCUAGAAGCUAGGCGUUGUUAGAUUUAGAAAAAGUGCCCACUGAAUAUUAUCCAUAUAUGGUAGAAAUAAGUCGACACAAACUGUCCUUUUGAG